GGCACUGACUGGCAUCACUGCUGGGCACUGACUGGCGGCACUGACUGGCACAACCCCUGGGCACUGACUGGUGGCACUGACUGGCAGCACUGCUGGGCUGCACUGGUGGGCAGCACUGGUGGGCACAGGUGGGUGGCACAGGUGGGUGGCACAGGUAGGUGGCACUUCUGGGCACAGGUGUGUGACACUGCAAAGUGGCACAGGUGGGCGGAGCUAGUGGGCGCACUGCUGGGCACAGGUGGGCGGAACUUGCGGGUGGCACUGCUGGGCACCGAUCAUCAGGGCACUGAUCAUCAGUGCCCUGAUGAUCGGUGCCGAUCCCCGCUCUGACAACUGCCGGUUCUCGGCAGUACUUUCCUCACGAUCUGACAGCGUGAGGAAAGUGCAGCCGAGAACCGGCACUUGCAU